CUAUGACAUCAGGAGGAGCAGAUUGACAAUAUGGGACAUCCUUCACAUCCAUAGAUCAUGGAAAUGAGAAGGACAAUUCUGCCAUUCAUGUAGAACUUGACAUUCAGACGAUCCAGUGCGUUCAAACCCUUUACAGGUACCAUUUGUUCUCAUUUGCAGCAAAGCAGCAACAAAAUCAGCUAACGACCAGAAAAGAUGCUGUGGAAAUUGGUGGUAUCAGCUAUUAUUCUUUUGUUAAUUUCUGCAAUUGCCACGCCUGCAGAGGAGUACGUUAGGCCUCCACCUCGCAAAGCUCUGCACUUCCCAUGGAGUCCAAGAUCCUCCUCUGAGCCCCGGCAGGUUCACAUCUCUUUGGCUGGAGAGAAGCACAUGAGAGUAACGUGGAUAACCGAUGAUGAAUCUGCUCCAUCAACUGUCGAAUAUGGAACUUCACCAGGGAGAUACAAUUUUGUAGCUGGAGGAGAAAGCACUUCCUAUAGUUAUUUUUUCUAUGAAUCAGGAAAGAUACACCACACUGUCCUUGGGCCUCUGGAGCCAAACACAGUUUACUUUUAUCGUUGUGGAGGGAAAGGUCCUGAAUUCCAGCUCAAAACCCCUCCAGCUCAGUUCCCAAUCACUUUUGCUGUGGCGGGGGAUUUGGGUCAAAGUGGUUGGACCAAAUCGACGCUGGACCACAUAAACCAAUGUAAAUAUGAUUUGCAUUUACUUCCUGGGGACCUUUCAUAUGCUGAUUACAUGCAGCAAAAAUGGGACACAUUUGGUGAGCUGGUGCAGCCACUUGCAAGUGCAAGGCCAUGGAUGGUAACAGAAGGAAACCAUGAAGAGGAGAGUAUACCAUUACUAAAGGAUGGAUUUGCGUCGUAUAAUGCUAGAUGGAAGAUGCCAUUUAAGGAGAGUGGAUCAAAUUCAAAUCUUUAUUAUUCUUUUGAGGUUGCAGGGGCUCAUAUUAUCAUGCUUGGUUCAUAUGCAGACUAUGAUGAGUACUCAGAACAAUAUAGCUGGCUCAAGGCUGAUCUUGCAAAGGUGGACAGGAAGAAGACUCCUUGGCUAGUAGUUCUAUUUCAUGUUCCAUGGUACAACAGUAACAAGGCUCAUCAAGGUGAAGGGGACAGAAUGAUGGCAGCCAUGGAGCCAUUGCUACAUGCGUCUAGUGUUGAUAUAAUGCUCGCUGGCCAUGUGCAUGCUUAUGAACGCUCGAAACGUGUCAAUAAUGGAAGACCCGAUCCUUGCGGUGCUGUCCACAUAACCAUAGGUGAUGGAGGAAACAGAGAAGGUCUAGCGCACAAGUAUGCUAACCCACAACCAGAGUGGUCAGAAUUCCGCGAAGCAAGUUUUGGUCAUGGCGAGCUUAAGAUAGUGAAUGCAAGUCAUGCGUUCUGGAGCUGGCACAGGAAUGAUGAUGAUGAACCCGUAAAAUCUGAUGCCAUCUGGAUAACCUCUUUGGUCAGUUCAGGAUGUGUUGCUGAAAAGAGUCCUGAAUUGAGGAAGAUACUGAUGGGACCUUAGACCUGAAACAUCUUCAGACGGUGCUUUACCGAAUUGAGAUAAUGUUAUAUGUGAGACAAUGUUAUAUGUGAGAUAAUAGUAUGUAAAUAUGAUUGAGCAACUUUAGUAAUGUUGAUGCCAUGAAUUUGUGAAUCACUUCGGCCCCUUUUGUGUUUGUCAAUGCCAAAUAGAAGAAUCUAGCUGUUCGAUGAUUGAUGGCAAAGGCUAGAUGUACCAUAUGCAUAGUUGCUACUAUGGUUUUCUUUUUAUUAUGAAUCCAACUUAAUUGUGUCUGAGG